AUGGUGGCGUCUGAGUACGAAAAAUGUGUUCACUUUAAGGAUGGUUUGAGGGAUAGUUUGAAAGUUUUAAUAGCUCCGCAGAGGGAGCAAAAGUUUGAUGUUCUGUUAAACAAGACGAAGAUCGCCGAAGAGGUUAAGCGCGUUGAGUGCCAGAAUAAAGAUCGUGAGAGAGGAAAGAAUAAGACGGAUUUGCAGCCCUCUAGUUCUGCUCAGAGGCCUAAAAAACGGGCCAGACCUGAUGGGCCUUAUAGAUUAGGAGUUCCAGUUGCUCCUACCGGGGUUCAACCGUACAGUGACUGUGGUAGGCGCCAUCCAGGUAAUCUACAGACUGAGGCGGGUCAGUGCGACGAAAGCUCAACGAGGGUAGUACAGCAGCCGCCUAGAGGUCGUGGUCUGGCCAGAUGUGGAAAUGGUUUGGGUAAGGGACAAAGAGCACUAGGCAGAGGUGCUAUUCUGACUGAGGCGAGUUUGGAUUGUGCAACAAAGGGGGUAGUUUUGAGGACCGAGGAUGAUGUCGAAGUUGUUGUGAUCGGCGAGCAUCGGGAUUACUUGUCCAAUGUAAUCUCCGUUCUAGUGGCAAAAAAAUUGGUUCGAAAAAAGUGUGAAGCAUACUUGGCUUGCGUAAGUGUUUCAACCUUUGGGGACUUUUCUGUUAAGAACAUCAGAACAGUGAGGGAAUUUUUUGAUGUUUUUCUCGAAGAGUUAUCGAGUUUACCUCCGAAUCGAGAAGUUGAGUUCGGCAUUAAGCUUCUAUCGGGUACAUGUCCGGUAUUCAUCGCUCAUUAUCAAAUGGCACCGAAUGAGCUUACAGAACUAAAGGCUCAACUUCAAGAGCUUCUGGAUCGUGGAUUCAUUCGUUCUAGUUAUUAUCGGAGGUUUAUUGAGGGGUUCUCAUUGAUUGUAGCUCCUUUGACUAAGUUUUUAAGCAAGAAUGUUCCUUUUGUUUGGACUGACGAGCAACAAUCAAGCUUUAAGAAGCUCGAGUCUAUUUUUACUCAGACUCAUGUUCUGAUACAACCUGAAUCUAGUAAGAAGUUCGUGGUUUAUAGUGAUAGUCGCAUGUCGCUUAAGUCAGAUAAGGGAAAUUAUCCGAUGCACGAUCUCGAAUUGGCUGCUGUGGUUUUUAUCUUAAAGGUUUGGAGGCACUAUCUAUAUGGUGAGAGGUAUAUCAUUUACACAGAUCACAAAAGUUUUAAGUACCUCCUUACUCAAAAGGAUUUGAACCUAAGGCAGCGUAGAUGUAUUGAGCUAAUCAAGGAUUAUGACUGCACGAUAGAGUCUCAACCUGGUAAGGCCAAUUUGGUGGUUGAUGCUCUUAGUUGUAGAGCAAUGUCUGAUCUGAAGGCGAUGUUUGCUCACCUAAGUCUCUUUGAGGAGGGAGAAGCGCAUAGUAGCCCUUAUACUAUACAUUCUGGUAGAAAUAAGAUGUAUCGGGAUCUCCGUAAACUCUACUGGUGGUCAAGUUUGAAACAGGAGGAACGUAUAACUAUGGACUUCAUUAGUGGGUUGCCUUUAACACCUACUCAGAAGCAUUCUGUAUGGGUCAUCGUGGAUCGGUUGACCAAGUUCGCUCAUUUCAUUCUUGUUCGAACAAAUUCUUCAUUGCAGAAGUUGGUCAAACUCUACAUUUCUGUGAUUUUGGAGUUACCUCCAGAUUUAGACCGUAUCCAUGAUGUGUUUUACGUCUCUAUGUUGAGGCGAUAUUGGUCUGACCCAUCUCACGUUGUUUUUGUUGAGGAGAUCGAGGUUAGACCAAGUUUGACAUUUGAGGAGGAGCAGGUUCAGAUUCUGGAUCGAGAUGUUAAGGUUUUGAGGAGGAAGCCUAUUCUGUUGGUUAAGCUUCUGUGGUGGAAUCAUAGCACUAAGAAAGCCACAUGGGAACCUGAGAACUCGAUUCGUCAACAGUAUCCUCAUCUAUUCGGACCAAGUAAAUUUUGA